AUGAAGCAGGUAGUAAAGGCUGAAAUCAUAAAACUUCUGGAUGCUGGCAUUAUCUAUCCAAUCUCCGAUAGUAGUUGCGAAUUUGACCUGGAAAUUCGCGACAAAAAGGGAACCGAGAAUCUUGUGGCUGACCACCUUUCCAGAUAUGGUGUUACACAUCGUAUAGGUACCCCGUAUCACCCUCAAAUGAGCGGACAAGUAGAAGUCAUGAACCGGGAAAUCAAAAAAAUUUUGGAGACAACAGUUGGCCAAUCAAGGAAGGACUGGUCCAAAAAGCUUGAUGAUGCUCUUUGGGCUUACAGAACUGCAUUCAAAACACCAAUUGACAUGUCACCAUAUCGAACGGUAUACGGUAAGGCUUGUCACCUCCCUAUCGAGCUUGAGCACAAGGCAUAUUGGGCAAUCAAAUUCCUUAACUUUGAUACUAAGGGAGUUGGUCAGAAGAGGCUGCUUCAAUUAAACAUGAUGGAUGAAAAGAGUGCGUGCGCUUCAGAUUAA